AUGCAAUAUUUUCAAGAUGCUGAAUCUGGCACUGGCGAUAAAUACAGUUUCCUUUUCACGUAAGUUAUUCUAACUCUUGAAUUGAUUGAUUAUAUGAUUUUUAUAGGAAUGAAAGUGUUCGAGCUGGAUUUGUUCGAAAAGUUUUCUCACUGGUCACUUUGAUGUUUACAGUGGUUGCUGGAUUUUGUGUUAUUCCAUUUGUUUGGGCGGAUUUUUCCAUUUUUCUUCACCAUCAUCCAGAGAUUCAUAUUAUCUCGUUGUAAGUUGGUCAAUUAUUCUUCGCGUGAAAAUUUCCUCUAGUUUGAUUAUCGAGCAUCUUGGAAGAGGAACAGAAACCGGUACUAAGUACUUCUGAAAUUUGUUUUCAGCAUAAUAUUCUUCGCAAUUUCCAUCGCUUUAUCAUGUUUUGAAAGUGUUCGUCGAAGUUUCCCAACAAAUAUCAUACUUUUGGCGGUUUUCGUAAGUCUCUUCAUUUACUUCAACAACAAAAAAAAACUCACCCUAACUUCAGACAAUCGCUGCGAGUGUUAUGACAAUGUGUGUAACUGCUCAUUAUGAAUUGGGCUCAGUUUUGAUAGCUCUUCUAAUCACAACAGUCUGCUGCGGAAGUAUCAUCGUUUUUUCGAUGAAAACAAAACAUGACUUGACAAGGUAAAUCCAGAAAGUAUUGAGAAACUCACUAAAUCCAUUUUUUGCAGCAAAAUCGGAAUUGUUUUCAUUUUGAGUAUGGUCGUUUUUUCGUUUGGUAUAUUUGCGAUGAUUUUUUCGUUGAUUUUGAAAUGGAAAUUUUUGUUGUCGAUUUAUGCGGGAGUUGCUGCACUUUUGACAAUGUUUUAUUUGGCUAUUGAUAUUCAGGUUGGUGAAUAGAAAAAAAAAGGAAAAAUGAAAAAAAAACUUGAAAACAAAUAAUUAGGCUUCGAGCCAGAAAUCAUAAAUUCUGAAUUUUCAACCAAUAUUGAAAAUACGAGUUCAUUAUUACUUCAUAUUUUUAACUGAAAUCCAGACCCAAAAAGCAUCCAUGCCAAAAAAUACCUUGAGGUAACCUCAAAUCAAGAUUCUGCCAAAAAUUGAAAUUUUCCAACUUGGAACAAAAACUAAUACCCUAAUCGAUUCAAAGGAAAACUCUAUCAGAAAAAUUAUGAACCUUAGAGAACUGUAAUAUUUUCAAUAAAAUUUUGCAUGCGAACAGUUUUUGCAGAUGCUAAUGGGAGGUCGUCAAUUCGAACUCUCACCUGAAGACUACAUUUUCGCUGCCAUGCAAAUCUUCCUCGAUAUUCUUAAUAUUUUCCUCUUAUUGUUAAGCCUCUUCGGAAAAUCUAAGUAA